AUGGACUCUAACGGGACUAUUGUGACACCAGCCUACUUUAUUAUAAGUGGCUUUUCAGGCAUCCCUCAUGUUAACUACUACUAUUUAUUUUUACUGGUACUAUACAUCAUGUCAGUGGUGGAAAACAGCGUAGUGAUGGCCUUGAUAUGCUUCGACCAGAGUCUCAAGACUCCAAAGUAUAUUGCUGUGUUUAACUUGGCGUUUGUAGAUGUGCUUGGCAACUCUGCCCUGGUGCCCAAGGUUAUCGACACAUUCUGGUUCAACAACAAGUACAUCUCGUACAGCCACUGCUUAACCUAUUUGUUUUUUUAUUGCUUGAACCUCCUCAUGCAGUCUCUCAAUCUGGCUUUACUCUCCUUUGACAGGCUAAUAGCGAUCGCCUUUCCAUUCCGUUAUCAUAUCAUUGUGAGUCUGAAGACCAUGUUCUCACUGGUGGCAACUUGCUGGAUUAUCGCCAUCCUUUUCACCUUCGUACUUGUAGGGUUUCUAACACGGCUAUCCUACUGCAGGUCUGUUGUUAUCAACAGCUAUUUCUGUGACCAUGGGCCGCUCUAUCGACUCGCCUGCAAUGACAAUCUGCCUAAUUUCAUUAUUGCCAAAGUGUUACCAGCUUUCAUUCUUUGGGUUCCAUUGAUGUUUGUCUUGAUCAGUUACACGUGCAUUGGCACCACUUUGGCCAAAAUAGCUGGAGCCCAGGAUAGAAUGAAGGCUUUCAAAACAUGUAGUGCUCACAUAAUUUUGGUUGCAAUUUAUUACUUACCUAUUCUAUUCACUUUCACAUUUGACACUCAAAUGCCUCGCAAUGCAAGGAUCAUUAGUCUUUCUCUUGCAGCUGUCCUACCUCCAGCGUUGAACCCACUCAUUUAUGUUCUGCAGACUCAGGAAAUCAAACAAUCUCUGAAAAUGGUGCUCGCAAAAUUGAAGCAUUCAAAAAUUUCUGUCAAAUUGAUUAUCCAUAUGUGAUGU